AUGGAUCAGGAGAUCGAGGCUCAGGCAAAAGAGUUUAUUGCUUUCCUAGAGCAAUGCAGGCAACAGCCUCGCGCAAAGGCAACCUCAGAACUCAACGCGAGUCUCAAUCACCUACACACGUUCCUGACGACCAUCCAACCCCUUAUUGAGCCCUGGCCCAUCACAAAUGACCCAACCAUCGAUUCCAUGACCGUCCACGCCUCGGAACUCUAUCCGACUCUGGGCGUACUUCUGGAGAUGCUUUGCAGGAACCCUGUUGUCAUCGCCUCUGUGUCUUCGAGAGGACUUGCAGAUGUGGUGGCUCAAUCGGUUAUCAAGUUUUCGGCCAGGACUGGUGGCAAUCCUGCUGUCGGUGCAGGAUCGAAAGGCGCAAUGACAGUUUCUCCUUCUGUGGAGCAGUCGUGGCGAGCUGCACGGAUGCGUGAUAUGUUUCGAGCGCAACAACAACAGCAGGACGGAUUGGGCAAGAGGAAGAGGAAUUGCGCGGGUGGAUCUAGUAAUCGACACCUUCCCCAUUCUGAACAGAAUGGGUCGAUAGAGACGAAGAGUGAUCCAUUUCAGGAUAUGUUCAAGGUUUCGGACAAGGAGUUGAAGGAGAGGGAGAUAGAACAGACUUUGGAGACCAUGGCCGGCAACCUGAAGAUCUUACAGGAUCAUGUUGCGAAAACAGAGUUGACAGAGACCGCGUGGUCUUCACUGGGUGCCUCAGGACUUGUGCUGCUGUGUCUCGUAAACUCGUCGUUCAUCGAGUCAUUGAUGAUGCACCAGAGCGAUGCUACUGUCUUUGCUGUGCUCAAGGACCGCCAAACACUUGCCCAACUGUUGGUGAUUUCUCCAUUGGCACGGCAAAGCUGCCUCGUGCAGUUCAUCGACGGCGUCGUUCAGGACUGUGCUCAUUCUCUGAAUAUCUAUCAGAGUCGGCACCAGAUCAUACAGCGACACUUUGAAUCAUCUCAGCUCUUGACAUCCGCUCUCUCAGGACAACUUCCGAAGAGUCAGCACCGCCAAUUGGUUGAGAAGAUCCUGGAGGACUCUGCCGAGGUGGCGGGUGAAAUUGAUGAUUGGCGGAUUGUGCGGAUUUGGGUAUUGUUGAUCGAGUGGAUCUUGACGCGUCUUGGAUCUGGAGAGUCUAUGCACACUUUGCCUUUGGAAUUUGACGCGUCGUUUUUGGAUCAAGGUGCGAAUCUUUGCGCCGUGAUAUCAUCCGCAUGCCGCAUUGUCAACUGUUGCGAUUCGGAACUUAAAGGGGCACCCAGUUCUCACGUUUCUGUCAAUACUGCGGCAGUGUCUGAGAUCGACGCUCUUUUGAAAAUUCAGGAUCGCUAUGUCUUUGAGACUGCUCCACCACAAGAAAUGGCUCUACGACGGAGGAUGGUGUUCUUGAUUGGAUCUGCGGUCGCUUCAAGCAAAGGACUCUUGACAUCCUUGAUUCUUCAGCAUAUCCUCUCUUUGGAUAAUGCCGAUCUGCACCUCAAACAGGAACCCUCAGCUCCGUCUCAAGACACAACAACCCUACUGAACUUGCUCUCGCUACUGAUAUAUGGAGAAUUGAGCAGCGCAAGCUCCCCAACUAUUGGCCAACCAUUCCUGGCACUACUGCGAGAGCUGCAUGCAACCCUUCGCGUGUCAGAAAUCAGCAACCCAUACGACCUUCGCCUGGGAACUGUUGCAGACCUGGAAGGGAUCUUCUCCAGGUGUGCGUCUUUCCUUCGACUCAACACUGUCGUCACUGCAGACAUUGUCUGUGCGAUCGUCAUCUAUAACGAUCCCAAUAAUUACGCCUUUUGGCAGUCCGUGCACGAUACUUCGGAUACUCACAGGUUCAGAGUCGACUUCAAUGCUGACAUCCUUGCCGGCGUUCAUGGCUCGAUUGCGGGACCUUUCAGAAAUCAUGGCAAUACCUGGUCUUGCAAGAGCACUUGA